ACUUCUCAGCUUUCAGAGUCGGCUAGAAUUACGUCGAUGGUGCAAAUGGUUUAGGAGUUACGGUAAUUUGAAUUUUUCGUUCCACUUUCUACGGUAGAAACACAGCCGCCGUGUAGGGGAGCUUGAUAGCUGAAGUUAGCAGUAGUACCGUUGCUGUCUAUCGAUGUUUCGGUGUGACUAUUGGUCUUGCUGACUCGCCGAACGUGUCAUUUAUGUACCAAACUUUCCUUAUACCUCUAAACAUUGCUACCGUUACUCUCGUGUUGUGUAUAAAGGUCCGGGGAGAGUCCCAAUGGAUAACCUGAGUGGUGGACAAAACGCCGCUUUGGUAGUUCUGACUUUUCUCCAGGCGGACUGUAGAAACUCAGAAUACGGAAAGGAGCUUCUCUCUUUGCGGCAAGAGAUACACCGUACGCGGGACAUCAACUACAACAGCUCCGUGAAGGAUGAUCUGGAAGAUGGCGUCCUGGAGACUGAUGGCCAUCUGUCCAGCUGUAUCAGAUCUUCUCUUGGUGAUAUCCAGCCUUCAGUGGAGCUGCAGUGGGCGAGUGAGUAACUGAACAUGAGACCUAAACAUACCGUUCACAAGUGUUUAAACGACAGCUAAAGCCUGCUGAAGUUAAAGUACAGUAACAAUGAUAACAUAUGACUUUUUGAGUUUUGACUGGUCAUAAAACACGACCGUAUAAAGAUGCUGUAAAAAUAUCCAAUGACUUACCCUAAAGUGGAGGAGUCAGAAUCGGUCACACAUUAACAUUGUUUGAUUAGUUUUGAAAAACAUGCCUAAAAGUAGUUUCUUAGUACUUAAAAUACAAGUAAAAUAAAGUACUUUAACCUUUACUUAAGUAGACUAAUAGACUGCUAGUUUUACCUUUACUGAAGUAUAAUGUCAUUGAAGUAAAUGCACCCAUACUUGAGUAUAAUGUUGUAGUACCUGUGCACUGCAGGCCUUUUCAUUCUGAAUUUACUGUAUAAUAUGUUUUUAUUUAAAGGGUGUUUUUGGCUGUUUUACAAUCACCACCCAGGGUUAUUGGUGUGUGAUUUUCCUUAGCGCAUAUAGUGAAAGCUUUCAGCUGUAUUGAAAUUAACUAGAGAAACUGCAUUUCCUGCAUAAAUGCGUUGGUGUGCUGAGAACUUAACCAAUACUAACAACUGAAUAUGAAACUGUUUGCUGAAAUAUACAGAGUUAAGAUGCACUGACCGCACCAGCUUGAAUCCUGAAAGCUGAACUAAACAACCCACAUAAAUAAACAGCUAUAAACAGCUUGAUAUUGUUGGAAAACUACAUUUCUAACAAAGGAUGCAAAUCUUGAUCAAGCUUGUUUUUAAAUUAAGGGAAUUUAGGACUGAAAGUUUCGAAGAACAGCCAUACUUGAAGAAUACAUCUGACUUAAAGUUGAAAAUUAGAGGUAAAUUGUGUAUAGAGUGUGAGAGUUGGAUUUAAACACCUAUAAUCUGAAAACAAAGUUUAAGACACACUCACUUACGUUGUUGCACACACCUAUCAUCUCAUGUCAUUUACAGGGGACUGUAAUUCAGUCCAAAAGUCAGAGCAUUGACACAAACAUCUCUAAACUUGUUCUAUUUAAAGGUCACCAAACAAUUGAUCCCACAGAAAGUGAAAGAAAAAAGCUUUUCCUUUGACGCAAGUUUGAAUUCACACUUGUGCUUCUUUGUUUCCAGGAAACUAGUAUGUGCUACAGAUAGAGAAGUGGUCUUUACGUUUAUGUAGCAAACGUGUUCAUGGCAGGUGUUCUGAUGUUGUGACAAUCAUGUUUUACAGGAAACCAAGAUGAUGCAGGAGUUCAGCAGGUCGCAGAAGGCCUGAGAGAAAUAGCAGCCCAGCUGGAGCACAGUGUUGUGGCUCGGGCUACACAGAACGUCAGCCGGGAAAUAUUAAAAUCUCCCUUAAAUGUAAGUCUUCCUGUGCAUUAAGGUUCUCAUGAUAGAAGAACUUUGAAAUAUGAUAGGAUACCAGUAAAAAUCAAAUGAGAUGGAGACCUGUUUUGAUACCACAAUAACCAAAAGAGACCCAGGUCCCUGGGGCCAACAUGUACAGUUCCUCAAAAGGUCCAGAGUUUCUGGGGAAAGUUCCUGCGGUUGAAAAACCCCUUUCGUUUUUUUUUUUUGUAAUUUACAGCCUAUGACAUUGAAAACGAUUGAAAAAAAGUGUAAUUGCUCUGUUUAGGGCAAACACUUCAUUUCUCCCAGUCCAAGUAUUCAUGAUAAAAUGAGUCAAGAAGAACUUUAUCAUUAAUUAUCAAAGGGAAAUUCAAGGAGGAUCUCAAGGAUCUCUUUAAGGAUCUCAAGUUUGUAAUGAGCGGUGUCCUUUAAACAUUGUCCAGUCCUAGUCUUAUAAUUCAAAGGCCCCUGUCUGGUUGACCCCUCAGUAUCAGGUCAGAGACUUAGGUUCAUAAAUUUAAAAAAAGCCAACAAACUGUGGAGCAAUCUCUUCCCCCACAGCUGCUGGAAAAUGUCUGGACACUUACUGUUUACUGGUAAUACACCUGUUGCUGCCACAUUUAUGUACAUACAUUACACUAAUCAUCUAUUCACUGUUUUGAUCCUGUUGCUUUUACCCUUUGUGCUUUUGCAGCAGUGGAAAGACCACCUGACCCGGGAGGUGGAGAGGGUGAUGAGGCAGGGUGUAGGUCUGGAGCAAUUCACCCAAGAGAGGGUGUUCAUCGCCUUGACUCUGACCCUGGUGAAGGGAGUGUGCGAGCAGGCGCCACAGCUGCUGAGAAACCUUUUUAACAUCGCGCUGCAGUGCAUCAGCGUCAGAAGGAGCAGCUGAACGUUGAGCCGCAGGUUAAGAGGAAAUAACUGACAAGAUGACUAAAUCUGAAAAUGGCAUCUGCUAGCUAUUCCCCGGUGACUGAGUGAGGUGACAUGAAGUGAACUGGCAGAUAUGAGAGUGGUAAAUCGAAGGGAAGUGAUAAUUCCCCACUUUAAGUUUACAGUUGGUAUUUUAAAAAAGUGAAAGUUGUGUUUAAAACUUGACUUUUUUUUUCAUUUAAUGUCCUUUUUAUUUUCCCUCAGUUUAUUUUCUUACUUUGAAUACUUGAAAUAGAUGAAUUUUUUUCUCUGCAUUCCAUUAUUUCACAUUUUGCAUGCAUCAAAUGUAACAUGUCAAUUCAAUCCUUACAAAUAAAUCUAUUUUUCUUGAA